AUGGCUGAGGAACAGAAACCCAAGGUCAAGCUCUAUUGGCUUGAGCAAUCGCGCGCGCAGAGUAUCCUGUGGCUGCUCGAGGAGUUCAAGAUCGAUUAUGAGUUGGAGCUCUUCCACCGGAACAAGGAGACCAGACUGGCGCCUCCAGAGUUGACCAAGAUUCACCCUCUGGGCAAGUCGCCCGUCAUCAGCGUCACACCUGUCGGCUCAGACAAGCCAAUCGUGAUUGCCGAGACCGGCUUCAUCGCCCAGUACCUCAGCGAGCACUUCGGGCAGGGCACCACCCUGCUGCCGAAGCGGUGGAAGGACGGCCAGGAGGGCAAGGUCGGUGGCGAGACCGACGAGUGGAUGCGCUGGAUGUACUUCCUGCACUACAACGAGGGCAGCCUGAUGCCCACCUUCAUCCUCGCCAUGAUUCUCGGCAUGAUGAAGAGCCCUAAGGUUCCAUUCUUCAUCCGCCCCAUCACCAGCCUCGUCGUCAACAACGUCAUGAACUCCUUUGUCAUACCUAACGUCAAGAAGCACCUGGGAUUCCUCGAGAGCCAGCUCGAGACCUCCCCCGGCGACUAUCUGUGCGGCAAGAACCUGACCGCGGCCGACAUCACCAUCAGCUUCGCCCUGGUUGCCUUCCAGGGCCAGUUCGGCCAGUUCGGCACCCGGGAUACGCCCCCCGACAAGCUGUACCCCAAGCUCUGGGCUUGGAUCAGCCGCAUGGACGCAGAACCGGGAUUUAAGAAGUCCGCCGAGGCCAUCAAGAAGAUUGACGAUAGUUACAAGGUCAAGUGGACUUGA